CGUGAGGCACGUUCACCACCGUCGCGAGAGAAAGAAGAAAUAUUUACAAGAGAGAAAGUCUUAUUAGCUAAUUGUAUAAAACAGACCUCAAAGGCAGAAGCGAGACCAUCGAUAGUUGAACGCGAUGUACAGUGAACAGCCGGGAAUUGCUUAAGCAAAAAAAGGCUAACCACAAUAACUAAUAAGUAUAGGUUUCUAAAAUUCAUUACGCGUAUGAGAUUGAUAAAUAUUCGAUUUGUAAUAUAAGUUGGACAUAAGUACAUAUAUGAGAGUUUAUUGUCCAACAAAACGACACCAUGAAUUCGGUGAAAAACGUUGACGAAACUGGUAGUAGGCUGGAAGAUCUUGAAAUUCCUGGACAGGCUUUCCUGAGAGAUGCUUUGAUGCGUUGCACGGAUCCGUUGAAAGCUAUUGAAGGAUUUCAGGUGGAAAAUGGUAUAUUGUUGCCGUCGUUGCGACAAUUGUUGCCUCUGCUCGACCUACAUGGGGUCAGGAGAUUAGAUUUCCAUGUUUCUGUCCUUGAGGAAUUACGAGAAAAAUUGAUAAAACGAAUUAAUGAAAUUGGCGCAGACAGGGCAGACAAGAGCACCUCUGGAGAUAAGAGAUUAAAGGAUUUAUUAUCCAAAAGCUUUCCUGCUGUGAGGAUUGCUCAGUUGCGACCUGUCGUGAUGGCUAUCCUAAGAAAUACUCCACAUAUCGAAGAAAAAUAUCUACGAGUAUUAGUUAGGGAGAAAGAACUGUAUAACGAUGCUGAUACGGAAGUAAAACGUCAAAUCUGGAAAGAUAACCAAAGUCUCUUCGGAGAUGAAGUCUCUCCAUUGUUUAGUCGUUAUAUCAUUGAGAAAGAACAGAUUUUAUUCGACCAUCGUAAUUUGAAUAGCCUAUUUUUCACACCAUCUCCUAAGGUCAGAAGACAAGGUGAAGUUGUGCAAAAGUUAGCCCACAUGAUUGGACAUAGUGUAAAAUUAUACGAUAUGGUCCUGCAAUUUUUAAGGACUUUAUUUUUACGCACCAAAAAUAUCAAUUACUGCACUCUGAGAGCAGAAUUGCUAAUGGCAUUACAUGAUCUGGAGGUGCAAGAAAUUAUCUCUGUGGAUCCUUGCCAUAAGUUUACUUGGUGUUUGGAUGCGUGUAUAAGAGAGAAGAAUGUGGACGUUAAAAGAUCUCGCGAGUUGCAAGGCUUCUUAGACAGUAUUAAGAGAGGACAAGAACAGGUGUUAGGGGAUCUGAGUAUGAUUCUGUGUGAUCCGUACGCAGUAAAUUUCCUGGCUAGCAGUGCAAUCAAAAUAGCACUUCAUUUAAUAAAUAGCGAAUCGUUGCCUAGAGACAAUGCAGUGCUCUUGUUAUUAUUGAGAAUGCUCGCUCUAGGAUUGUCCGCUUGGCAAAUGAUUGACACGCAAGUAUUCAAGGAGCCGAAACUGGAUGGCCAAGUUGUCACGAAAUUUCUACCUGCGCUUAUGUCACUUAUGGUUGACGAUCAAAUAAGACAGCUGAAUUGUAGACUACCGCCUGAUGAAAGAGAAAGCGCUAUCGCGAUUAUCGAACAUUCUGGACCACCUCCCGAUGCGUGUCAAGCGUAUGCUCAACUUUCCGGAGUAGCGGCAGUAUUGUCUAUGUAUUACGCAUUACACGUUGGAGGUGGCGGUGGGUUUGUAAAAGGCAGGGGAGAUACCAGAGGCUUGAUGAGGGUACUACCGACACUGCCAAAUUGCCAAGCGCAUCGAGCUUUCGAAGAUCCAUUCCUGCAUACACUGGUUUCGUUAUUAAUACUAAACAUGGCCGAUGAAUUUUCAAACGAGUCGUUCUGUACGGUUAUUUUUGACGAAUUUUUCUUGGCUGGCUUAAGCAGAGAUAACGUUACGCGGCAUCUGUUGAAGCUACUUUGGUACAUACACCCGAAAUUACCAUCCGCGCGAUUGCAUUCUUUAUUGAAAGCCUUGCAGCCAACGAGCCAGCAUAACGAAGCAGUUCAUACACUUUAUGAAUCUCUACGCGAUAAGGUCGGCAGCCAUUCUACGGAAGAUCAAUUGACAGGAAAUGGACAAACCGACCCGUUAGGUCUCGAUUGUCCUCCCUCUACGCUUACUAGGAUAUCGACGCCAACAUCAAGCACAUGUCUUUAGAAUGGUGCGUCUGAUUCAAGGGGAACAGCUCCUUUACCACUGAGGACGACUACAGUCGUUCCCCGGUGAAACGCAUUCUGGGUAUAACUACUUUAGUCAUCCCCAAAACAAUUAUACGAUGUUAAAAUUAUUUCACUUAUGCCGAUGCAGUAUUUUAGAUGAUAUGACAUAAAUACUGCUUGUAACUUGUUUACAACACUACAGUUCCGCUUGGGCACUCGUACAUUCACUUUUCAGCUGGACUUGGCUGUAGUGAAAGGGUUAAAACCAAGUAACAGAGCUUUGCACAAUUUAUUGAAUACACAGUAUGUUAUUUCAUAUCCAUAUUACUUUUAUAUUCGUAUAAAUUUUUUUUAAUAUCUUACCACAAUAUAUAAGCAUCUUAUUAGAAUAUCUAAUAAGAUAUGAUUAUAGUUUUUGUAACCGUAGCCUUCAUAAAUCUCUUGUAGAAUUUCAUAUUUUUAAUUACUUAGAUAUUUGAUUCUUUAAAUAAAUAUCUGAUCUUACAUGUUAAAUUGUAUAUGUUAUUAGAGACUAUUUGUAAAGAAAUUCGUGAAAAUGACGUAUUUGAUGAGACUAGGACAUCGAGUCCAAUGACAAAGACACAUCAGUCGUAGCAAUAUAAGGCUUUUGCAUUCAUAAAUUGUCAAAAAUCAAAGCUCUGUUGCUUAGUUUGAAUACUUUGGCUACGGUAGAGUUCGGCCGAAGAGAGAUUAUAAUAUGAGUGUCUAAGUGGAACUUAGUGACGUAAACAAAAGUCUCACAUUGCUAAGACUGAUGGUCUUUGUCAUUGGACUCGAUGUCCUAGUCUCAUCAAAUACAUCAUUUUCACGAAUUUCUUUACAAAUAAUCUCUAAUAACACAUACAGUCUAACAUGUAAGAUCAGAUAUUUAUUUAAAGAAUCCAAUAUUUAAGUAGUUAAAAAUAUGAAAUUUUACAAUGUACAGAUUUAUGAGGGCUACAGUUACAAAAAUUAUCAUCAUUAAGUAUUCUAAUAAGAUGCUUAUGUUAUGGUAAAAUAUUUUUUAAACAAAUGUACGAAUAUAAAAAAGUAAAGAAAUGUUUAAAGAAAUGUACGAAUAUAAAAAAAGUAAACAAAUGAGGAUAUGAAAUGACAUGUUAAUGUAUAUCAAAGAUCU